AUGGCCGGAACAAACACCAACACGCCUUCCUCUGAAAUCCAGCCCAAUGGGGCCGCCAACUCCCAGUCCGAAAACGCUCCCGAUGUCGACCCUGAAACCACAAACGGGGCAGAACAGGAUGCCGCAGAUACAGACGAUCAAAGUGGUGAAACUAUUUUCCAAUUGACCGUCAACCUUCCUCAUGACCCUAAGAAGAUCCAGAUUAUGGUCUCUUCACAAGAAGCGAUCCACGAUGUUCGGCAAUCGAUUAUCGAGCUCCCCGGGACCUUCCAGUACUCCUGCUUCCAUCUCGAACACAAGGGCCAGCCCAUAAACGACUUCAUACAAAUAUCGGAAGUCGAUGGACUGACCGCUGAUUCAGAACUCACUCUGGUAGAGGAUCUAUACACCGAGAAGGAGGCUAGGCUACAUGUCGUCCGGGUGAGGGAGAUUAUUGGAGCGGCCGGCAAUCGGACUGAUACUCUCCACGGCAUCUUGGCGGGUACCUCCCUUCACGAUUCUGUCACACAGGCUGCGCAAAAGUCCAUCGAGGAAGGAGGCGUGGAGGCACACGCAGUGGCUAACUAUGACUUCCAAUCACCUGGAGCUCUCGCCACGCUUCUGCCGGAAGUCUCGGAGGUGGCCCCGAAAAUUGUGAAGUCGAUAUCAGUGUCGCCCUGGAACCCUCCUCCAUACCACUUGCGGCAGAAAGGACACCUGCUAUACCUUCUUCUGACUACGAAUGAAGGCGAGCAAUACCAGAUUACGUCGCACGUUUCUGGCUUUUAUGUGAACAAAUCGUCGAAUAGCAAAUUCGAUCCGUUCCCUCGUCCUGCUCCCAAGGCUCACCACGCACAUUCUCUACUAGUCUUGAUCGGCGACCUGUCGCCAUCAUUCGAUGCUUCUUUCAAGAAGCUUCUCGAGUCCAAUAAUUCGAAGGAACCCCUGGCCACCUUCCAGAUCACCAAUGCUGCUCCCGCGAGUCCUUGGAUAGUACCUAGUACAACCUCCCCUCUUCUGGCACACCAACCUGAUAUUACUCGGACACAAGAGACCUAUUUGAUAUCUGGAAUCGAAAACACCGACACUCUCCGAGACUGGAAUGAGGAAUUUCAGUCAACUAGAGAGCUACCCAAGGAGAAUGUACACGAUCGUGUAUUCCGCGAGCGGCUGACUUCCAAACUCUUUGCUGAUUAUAACGACACUGCUGCGCGGGGAGCCGUUUUAGUCGCCCGGGGCGAGGUCGCUCCUUUAAAUCCAACAGAAGGAAGAGACGCCCAGAUAUUUGUCUACAACAACGUAUUCUUCUCCUUUGGAGCUGAUGGCGUCGGAACAUUUGCAUCAGAAGGUGGGGAUGAGGCCGCGAGAGUAGCUACUGGCAAGGAUGUGAUGGGCGUUCGGAUGGUCAAUCAAUUAGACAUUGAUGGCCUUUUCACCCCUGGAACUGUGGUUGUCGACUACUUAGGAAAGCGUCUAGUAGGCCAAAGCAUUGUCCCUGGAAUCUUCAAGCAGCGAGAUCCAGGAGAGAAUCAGAUCGAUUACGGUGCAGUUGAUGGCAAGGAUGUUGUGGCCGAUAAUGAACAGUUUGUUUCCACCUUCGAGAAGCUCUCCAAGGCUUUGAAAGUCAAGAAGCAUCCGGUUUGGGAUAAAGAUGGAAAACGCCAUGAACUGGAGGGAAGCGUGGAAACUAAGGGAUUGCUUGGCACUGACGGCCGAAAGUAUGUGCUUGAUCUGUACAGAAUCACCCCAUUGGAUAUAUCCUGGAUGGACGAAUUUGGCACUGCCAUCGGUAGCCCGGACCCAGUGGAUGAGGCUAGUGAAAGCGCAUAUCCUCAUAGGAUGACUGUCCUUAGACCCGAACUCGUUGAGGCAUAUUGGAAGGUCAAGAUGCGCGACUGGGUUAAUGCCGAGCUGGCCUCGAGACGCCAGGCCCAAAAGGAUACCCCAGAGGCAGCGCAGUUGGAAGACAAGCCAGAGGGAGACGAUGAAAAGGAAAAGAGUGCAGAUGACGAAUCCUCUACAGAAGUCAGCAAAGCAACUGACGGUGACAAAGAGAGAAUCGACAUUUCCAACUUCAACUUCUCGCUGAAUCCCGAUGCGUUCAGUGGCCAGGUACCGGUGACAGACGCCGAAAAAGAAGAACUGGCAAAGGAUGAGCAAGAUGUCAGACAAGCUUGCCAAUUUCUUCGAGAGACUGUCAUUCCUGAGCUCAUCAAUGACCUCAAGGAAGGCGAUGUGGGACAUCCUAUGGACGGGCAAUCGUUCAGCAGACUGUUGCACAAGCGAGGUAUCAACAUUAGAUACCUUGGCAAGAUCGCCCAGCUUGCUGAAGGGAAGCAGCUUGAGUCGCUCCAUAACCUUGCCUUGCAAGAAAUGGCAUCCAGAGCAUUCAAGCAUAUUGCAGGCAAAUACUUGCGUUAUCUGCCCAUCCCACUAACAUCUUCAUGCAUCGCCCAUCUUCUCAACUGCUUGCUUGGUACCGAUCUCAAUGCUAAGCCUAAGGCAGUUGUUGAUCCAGCUCUAGCUGCAUUGUACCCUAAAACAGAUUUGGCAUUUGAAAAAGUCACCCCUGAGAGUUUGAGAGAAGAGAUUGAGAAUCAAAUUCUUCGUCGCUACCAAUACAAGGUUGAACCAACAUGGGCUUCUGCGAUCAAGCACACGCAGAUGCUUCGAGAGAUCUCUCUAAAGCUUGGAUUACAACUUGAGAUGAAGGAGUUUUGCUACACAAGUGAAAGCGCUGCUGCUCAAGCCCCGCCUGCAGUUAACGGAUCUGCGCCAAAGGAAAAUGGUGUUAGUGGCCAGAGCACAAGCAGCAAGAAAAAGAAGAAGUCGCGUGAUGGAUCCCCAGCAGCGGCCGCAAGUGCUGCGCAGCGUCUAACUUUUGUACCGGAUGACAUUCUCAACGUUGUGCCUGUCGUGAAGGAGGCCUCACCUAGAAGCUCGCUAGCUGAGGAAGCUCUCGAGGCGGGGAGAAUCUCGAUAAUGCAAGGCCAGAAGAAGCUUGGUCAGGAACUGUUGCUUGAGUCGUUGUCUCUACACGAGCAAAUUUACGGUAUCAUCCACCCUGAAGUUGCUCGUGUCUACAACUCGCUAUCGAUGCUGUAUUACCAACUGGACGAGAAGGAUGCGGCGGUUGAGCUUGCCCGCAAAGCCGUCAUCGUCUCAGAACGAACUCUUGGUGUUGAUAAUGCGGAGACACUACUUAGCUACCUCAACCUUGGAUUAUUCUGUCACGGGAGUGGGGAAUCCAGGUUGGCGUUGCGUUAUGUUAAGCAUGCCUUAGAGCUCUGGAAAAUCAUCUAUGGCACCAACCAUCCAGAUUCCAUCACAACCCUCAACAACGCUGCAGUGAUGCUCCAGCACCUCAAGGACUACCAUGAGUCUCGCCUCUGGUUCGAAGCAUCCCUGAAGGUGUGCGAAGCCAUAUAUGGCAUGCAGUCCAUUAACGCUGCCACUCUUCUCUUCCAACUAGCCCAGGCCCUCGCACUCGACCAAGACUCGAAGGGCGCCGUCAACCGCAUGCGUGAAUCUUAUAACAUCUUCCUCAGUGAGCUUGGUCCCACUGAUAAGAACACCAAGGAGGCUGAAAGCUGGCUUGAGCAACUGACCCAGAACGCCGUCUCCAUUGCAAAGCACGCAAAGGACGUUCAAGCUCGCCGCAUUCGCGCUGGUAUCAGAGUAUCACCUCGUGUCACUCUUGGACAGACCCACCCACAGCCACAGGUUGGACAGACUGCCCAGGCGGCAUCGGGUCGUGACCCUGCACAUGCAAAGGGCCUUGAUUCUCGCACUAUCGAUGAACUGGUCCGCUUCAUUGAAGGCAGUGAUCAAAAGACAACACCUAAGAAGCGUCCUGGCCGUAGUAACCCAAAGCGGCGUGGCGGCGCAUCUGUCGCUGGCUCAUAA